UGUUUUUCAAAUGACUAACUUCACAGCGAUGAGCUCUUUGCUUCUUUUAUGGCUGUUCGUGUUCAGAAAAGCUCAGAAAUAAAAGGACGCUGUUUAUCCUUUAUUCAAGACUAAAAAUAAUUUUAUAAAAGCUUCGUACAAUUUCAUUUAUCGUAUUUUACUAGUAAUUCAGUUUAAAUAAACUUUUAAAAAUUUAGAAAUCAGAAUAACUCUGUAAAGAUAACUGCGCAAAAAUACAUCAAAAAGGUUAAUAACAAGCCGAAUGUUAUAAAUCUACAUAAUUAUUUCGAUUACGUGAUUUGUUACCCAAAAGCAAAGAAUUUUUAAUUGACUGUUGCUGACUGGAAGUUUCCAUAAACGUCUCUUCCAAAUGAUUCCACCAAUUACAUUCAAUAAUAUUUUUGAAAUAGACCAAGAAAAUAAAUGGUAUAUCGAAGGUGUUUACCUAAAUGCAGAACAAAGGGCAGUAUGUGGAAAUGUAGUUAUUAAAGCAAGUCUAGAUGGAAUGGGUCCGUCGGUAGAUAUUAUGAUUAAAAAAAGUAAUACAAAACCUGCAUUUGUAACAAUGGAAGUGAAAGUAUACGUGAAUUCAACCAGAGGGAAAUGGAUGCGGAAAGAUUUCAAGGAUUGGACAGAUACAUGUUCUAUUAACAAUAUUCCAGUUCACGUAGAUCAACUAAUUCGAAAAGGAUUAUAUGUCGAUGUAAACGUUGAGUUGAAAAUUUAUUGGCAUGGCCAUAUUGCUAACCAGAUUUCACCAAAUUUGUUUGAUAAUAUAAAAGAUUACAUGAAUAAACCAGAAUUCAGUGAUGUUACAGUAUGCGUAAAAGGCGAAAAAAAAUAUCUAGCACAUAAAAUCAUUUUGGCUGCUCAGAGCCCGAUGUUAGAAAAAAUGUUAAUGAACAUGAAAAAAACUGAAAAAAAUUGUAUAUGCUUUUCUGGAAUCGACGAUAAUGUUGCUGAUCAACUAAUGAUGUUUUUGUAUCAAGGAAAAUUAGUACAAACGAAAAAAAACUCUGAAAUUGUAUUGAAAUUGUUCGAAUUCGGGAUUAAGUAUCAAAUUCAGAACUUGGCAGAUUCUUGUGGAUUCAUAUUGAGUGAUAUGAUAAAUAUUAAAAACGCAUUAAAGAAUUUUGAAUUGGCUACAGCUAACAAUUCAUCUAUUUUAAGACAAUCUUCAUUGACAUUUAUUUUAAACAAUUAUGAAAAAAUAAAAAAAUCGAACGAGUUUGGUAAUUUUUCUAAACGUAAUCCGCAAUUGCUUUCAGAAAUUCAUAACAAGCUUGAACAGUUGGAGAAUAGCGACUCUGAUGAGUCUGAUUAAUUCAGUGAAGAUAAUUAAGAAUAUUUUAAUUACAAUCGUUUAUCAGUGAUGAAAUAAUCAUCAAAUAUUUUAAAAUAUUUUCAUGAUAUGAAAAAGUAAUUUUAAGUUAUACGAGUUAAGAUAUCUGGUUUUGAUUGAAUAUCCUCAUUUUUAAAGCAAAAAA